AUCUGAGCUCAGAAUAAAGCCAGAGAAUAGAACAGCAAAAUCCAUACUGGAAUACACGCGCUCCACUUGCCUUUUUUUUGCCUCACGAUCACGCGUGGAUUAUAACUAUGACUCUUGAGGAGAUUCGAGGACAGGAAAGCACGAUGGACCAAAACGAAAGGGUGCAAAGUGCAGGCACAGCAUUGGAAGAGCUGCUGCUCGCCGCCAAGAAGCAAGACUACCUUACAGUCGGCGUGUACGAGUCGGCGAAAGUUAUGAAUGUCGAUCCGGACAGCGUCGCUUUCUGCGUGCUUGCCACCGAUGAGGAGCACGCGUGUGACAUCGCCCUGCAGAUUCAUUUCACGCUCAUCCAAGCGUUCUGCUUCGACAACGACAUCAACGUGGUGCGCGUCACCGAUAUCGAGCGCCUCGCCGAUCUGGUGGGCGCAUACGAGGGCGGCGAGCCCAAGGACGCCCACUGCAUCCUAGUCACGAGCCCCAGUGCCAAUCCAUGGAAAGAUCCCGCUCUGGAUAAACUGAGUCUCUUCUGCGAGCAGAGCCGCAGCAUGUGUGACUGGGUUCCCACCAUCACCUUCCCUGAACGCUGAGUCAGCCAUUCUCCCCCAAUCCCUUGAAGAUGCAUCGACGAUGAUGAUAAAAAAAAAAAAGAAAGUCAAGGCUUCACUCGAGGGUGUUAGAGCCUUUCUGCCUCCCGUUUGUCUGGAUUAGUGGGCUGCGUGGCCGGGAUGGAAACUCACCAUGACAUUCCUUCCCCUCGUGCCCGAUCUCUGCUACCACGUGCAGGGGAAAGCAGUCAGUUCAUUGUGGGUCGUUGUGGAUUAUACCCUGAGGGGAGAGCCAGUGAAGGGGGGGGGGUGGCUCGGCGGUGUGCCGUGAGGACACCACGACGGACACUCGGGGGAGGCGUUGCCAGAGCGAUGACGGCCCACUCGAUGAUUAGUGAGAAGACGUCGGCGGCGCGUGGGCACGACUGCAUCAGACUGUGCAGAGGUGGAUGUGAGAAUGCGCGGAGGCCGGAGCGGAGCUCAUCAGAUGGGAGUGAUGCUGAUCCGAGAAGAGAGUGGCUGAAAAAAGAAAGACUGGACUUUUUCUUCAAGUGCAAACAUUAAUAGCAAAAGACUUGAUUUGUGCUGCACUUUAAUAACAUUUCUCAACUUUGAUGAGUUAUUACUUUAUUGGAAAUUGUGCAAGCAAAGCAAUGCAACGUUCAUUUGAAUUUGCACACAUUUUGUUCAUCAUCUGUGAAUAAAUACUUGAAACCAAA